CUUUUAUUUAAAAAUUAAAUUAUAUAGCCCCUCACUUUUAUUUUGAUCAACGAUUUAGUCCUUCCGAACAUUUUGAAUGUUAAUCAACGAAGUCAACAAAAUUAUAUGGUCCCCUACUUUUAUUUUUCUCAACGAUUUCACCCCUCACUUUUAUUUUUGUCAAUGAUUUUGUCCCUUGUUUUUAAUAAUUAAUUUACACAUAAGUCCUUCGACUUCAUUAACUAACACUAAAAUAGAUGGAUGGGCUAAAAUGUUGACGGAAGUAAAAGUGAGGGGUCACAUGGUUUAAUUUUUUAAAAAAAGAAAUUAAUGUGUGAAUUAUAUCAAAUGUGAGGGUUUUCAUAGUGAUUUACUCUUAAUUAAAAUAAAAGUACCAUGCUGAAAGAAACAAAAGUUCAAGUACCGUCUGAAAAUUUCCCUCCUAAAAAUAUAUCGCCACUGCGCAUGCGUUGUGCGAUAAUAUGCACCCAAGAAAAAACUGCCAUGCGCAAAAGCAUUAAAAUGCUGUCACGUUUAUUUCUUGCUCACAAUACAGAAUUCUUACACUGCCGUCACAAAUUUAAACUCCAAACCCCACUCUUUUUAAUUCCUAAUUAUUUCACUUCUUUCUCUACAUCACCUUCUUCUCUUGACCCCCACUCCAAGCUAACCCACAGAGACUGGUUAUCUGCCACUGAAGUCAUACGAAUCUUUGAAAACAUUCAAGACCCAAAUUCAGUUCUCCCACUAUGGAAACAGUACACUACCAGAAAAGACUAUAAACCCAAUGAACCUCUUUACACUCUUGUCAUCAACUAUCUCUCCAAAGCUAAAAACUUUGAUGCUAUUGAAGAUAUUAUGCGUAGAAUCAAGCUCGACAAGAAUAGUUGUCGAUUGUCUAAUGAUUUCUUUUACAACGUCAUCAAAAUUUACGGACAAUUAGCGGGUCGAAUAAGGAAGGGUAUAGAUACCCUUUUUGAUAUGCCCAAGGGGUAUAAUUGUUGGCCUAAUGUGAAGACUUUUAAUCUUGUCUUGAAUUUGCUUGUGUCUGCCAGGAUUUUUGAUGUUGUUCAUGAGAUUUAUGUGAAAGCUCCUGUCUUGGGUGUUGAGAUUGAUGCUUGUUGUCUUAAUAUUUUGAUGAAGGGGUUGUGUGAAAAUGGGGAUUUGGAGGGUGCAUUUCAGGUGCUCGACGAAUUUCCUAAACAAAGAUGUAAGCCUAAUGUGAGAACAUUCUCUACUUUGAUGCAUUACUUGUGUGCAAAAGCGGAUGUCAAUAAGGCUUUUGGAUUGCUCGAAAGGAUGGAGAUUGAGGAAAUUGAGGUCGAUACCAUUACUUAUAAUAUCUUGAUUUCGGGGUUGAGGAAGCAAGGAAGGAUUGAUGAAGGGAUCGAGUUGUUGCGGGAAAUGAAGAUGAAGGGGAAUGAACCGAAUGCGGGGUCUUAUCAAGAGGUUUUGUAUGGUUUGCUCGAUGUAGGGAGGCUUGUGGAAGCAAAAGAGUUGAUCGGUAGGAUGGUUCGUGAAGGUAAUAGCCCUGGUUUUGUGUCGUACAAGAAAUUAAUUGAUGGUCUUUGCAAGGGGAAGUUGAUUAAGGAUAUUGAUUGGGCUUUAAAGCAAAUGCUGAGGCAAGGCUUUGUCCCAAAGAUGGGAAUGUGGAAGCAGAUCGUAGGGUGCGUAGUUUCCGAGAGUAAUGCCUCUAGCAGCAUUUAUAUCAGUCAAAUCAUUGGUGGCUAGCUUGAUUGAAUGUUUAGAAUGUUCGGAUGUGUUUCCCAUAAGUCGAUGCAUAGCUGUUUCUAUGUAUAAUGUAUAUGUUUGAAGCAAUUGGCAAAUGAGGAGGCAUUGUAUUCCAAGUAAUUCCCUUAAGCUAUCUCUGAUUUCCAAUAAUUGAUUUGCUUGUCAAAUACCUGAUGUACAUGCUGUUAUCUGAUUUUCCUGAGCUGCUGUCAAUUGCUUUCUAGCUAAAACAUCAAUGUGAGCCUGAUACACAUUUGUUUGCGAAUGACAUUGUCGAGGGAGUAACAUUGAUCUCCUGCUCUUGGAGUCCGGCUCGACUCAUAAUGCAAUUAAGCAUCUUAAGAGUUUAGUUCGGUUCGACUCAGGAUGCAUUUAAGCUUCUUCAGAGUUUUGUUCGGCAGAAAUUGGAAAACUGAUUUGGUCCAUUUCAUUUAGGUAGAGUAUAUGCCAAUGUUGUCACUUUUGUAUUCAUGACAUUCUGAGAAUUCAUGUCACAGUUAUUUAUGACAUUCUCAUAAUUAUCCCUUUUAGCUAUU